AAACUUCUUAUCCUCUAUCUACUUUUGUAAACUGGAUGGAUGGACGCCGAGUGCAUGUGAUUGAAAGAGACUUGGCAGAGCCAGACAGAAUUGUUGGUGAACUACUUCAACCUGGGGGGUAUCUUAAAUUGAUUGAGUUGGGACUUCAAGAUUGUGUGGAGGAAAUUGAUUCUCAACGGGUGUAUGGAUAUGCUCUUUUCAAGGACGGAAAGGAUACUCGUCUCUCCUAUCCCUUGGAGAAAUUUCACUCCGAUGUGUCUGGAAGGAGCUUUCACAAUGGACGCUUCAUUCAAAGGAUGCGUGAGAAGGCAGCUUCUCUUCCAAAUGUACAACUCGAACAAGGAACAGUUACGUCUCUGCUUGAAGAAAAUGGAACAAUCAAAGGGGUGCAGUACAAAACCAAGACUGGACAAGAACUAACAGCAUAUGCACCUCUGACCAUUGUCUGUGAUGGAUGUUUCUCAAACUUGCGCCGGUCCCUUUGCAUUCCUAAGGUAGAUGUGCCAUCUUGUUUUGUUGGUUUGGUCCUGGAAAACUGCAACCUUCCUUAUGCAAAUCAUGGGCAUGUUGUAUUAGCAGAUCCUUCUCCAAUUUUGUUCUACCCGAUUAGUAGUACAGAAGUUCGCUGUCUGGUUGAUGUUCCUGGACAGAAGGUUCCUUCCAUUUCAAAUGGUGAAAUGGCAAAGUACUUGAAGACUGUGGUGGCUCCUCAGAUUCCCCCUCAAAUAUAUGAUUCCUUUGUAGCAGCAGUUGACAAGGGUAACAUAAGGACAAUGCCAAACCGAAGCAUGCCUGCUGCUCCUCAUCCUACCCCUGGUGCCCUGUUAAUGGGUGAUGCAUUCAACAUGCGCCACCCUCUAACUGGGGGAGGGAUGACUGUGGCUUUGUCUGAUAUUGUUGUGCUGCGGGAUCUUCUCAAACCCUUACGCGACCUAAAUGAUUCGGUUACUCUCUGCAAGUACCUUGAAUCUUUUUACACUUUGCGUAAGCCGGUAGCAUCCACCAUAAACACAUUGGCUGGG